AUGCUUCUGGCCGUGGUCCUUGCCUCCGCCCUCCUGCUCUGCUCCGUGGCAGCCCAGGGGUGUCCGACCCGGGCAGGGGUCAAGGACGUGGACUUCCUCAUCCGCAGUCUACAGGAUGAUCCGCUUUCAAGAUGCAACUGCAGCACCAACGUGACUGGUUGCUUGUGUCUGCCCAUCCCAUCUGACAACUGUACCACGCCGUGUUUCCAGGAGGGGCUGUCCCAGGCGGCCAACUCGAAGGCGCACGCGAAACUCUCGCUGAUUUUCAACCGCGUGAGAAGAACGGUGGAAGCCUUGAAGAGCAAGUGUCCGCUUUUCUCCUGUGAGCAGCCCUGCAACCAAACUACGGUGGGCAACACGGUGACGUUCCUGAGGACGCUCCUGGAGGUCUUCCAGAAAGAAGCAAGGCCGGGGCCGAGAGCCAGGACGGCCCUCAACACCUUCCCCUUGGCGAAUCCAGCCUCCUUAAGCCACCAACAGACCAUGGCAAGCGUUUCCUGCCCCGUGCCUCGAGGCAGCCCCAGGCCGGGCUCCACACACCUGGCCACUGGGGAGGGGGCCAAUGUCAGCAGCCACGCCAUGUGA